AUGAUCAAAUUGAAUACGCUAAAGGUUAUUCAGUUGAACGCGCUACUAAGGGCCAACGACUUACCAACGACAGGUACCAAGGCAGUCAAGGUAUCAAAGCUGCAAGAAGUUUUAGGGGUAGACGAAAUAGAUCCAAUGGAGCUUGAAGAUGACAGUGCGGUUUUGCCAAAUGACUUACGUGCACAACUCAACAGUUUAAGAGAGACGAUGGCAAGUUUAAGGUCAGCUAUCGGUUCAAUGAAUCGUAAUCCAGUACAGGGAACAAGCAACGAUGAAAUUCAACAAACGUCCAACGACAACGACGAUGCCAGGUCAGGUACAAGCGAAUCGACCUGGGAGUCAGCUGAUGAUGUACGGAGACCAUCACGACGAAGGAUGUCAAUUCAGGAUAUGGUGGGUGUAAUGCCUGAAUUCGACCCACUCAAAGGCUCUACUUCAGCAACGCAAUUUAUAACUCGGACUGAACAAUUGCAGCAGUGCUACGGUUGGAAAGAAGAAAUGGUUUUGAUCGCAGUUCAGCACAAAAUGAAAGGAAUGGCCAAACGUUGGCUGGAUGCACAAACAGUUUUCCAGUCCUGGUCACAAUUUGUGCAUGCAUUUAAAGUUGACUUUCCAUCAAUGCACAACGCAGCUGAAGCUCAUAAGACGCUUAUGAAGCGUAAACGGAGAAACGGCGAAGACUAUCUGGAGUAUUAUUACUCGAUGCUAACUAUAGGCCGUCAGGGUAUGGUGGACGAUGCAUCCAUCAACACGCAUAUUAUAAGUGGUCUCAACGACAAUGCACUAACAAAGACAUUAGCAGCAAUGAAUUUUGCAACGUGUAGUCAACUAUUAGUGGCACUGAAGAACUUAACCGCGGUCAGUAGUGUGUCUGUGACAUCAACGGUACCAACGGCGCCAAUCCAGCAGACAGUGAAGACCGAAGCAAAAGGAAACGUCAAGCCAACGCAAAUAAAAUGCUUCAACUGCAACGAGCACGGACAUAUUGCGGUUAAGUGCCCGCAACCUCAACGGAAACCACGGUGCACGGUAUGCACGAAGGUAGGACACGAAGCCAAGAACUGCAACAAGAAGCCUUCAGUGGCAAAGAUCGCCGAUCAUCAUGAACGCGACGAGGCUCCACCAGUUAUGAAACUGGUAGAGCUAAACGGAAAGCAACUUGAAGCUUUCAUCGACACGGGAAGCGUGUGCUCUUUGAUAAGAGCAUCAGCAACCGAUGGUAUGCAGAAACGGGAAGCUAAUAGAUGCCUCACAGGAUUUGGCGGGUCCAAAGUGAAAGUGACUCAACAAGUCAACGUUACUGCGAACAUUGACAAUGUUCAACGCGAGGUGACUUUGUAUACUGUCGCCGACAAGCUGCUACCCUACGACAUCUUAUUGGGCCGCGACGUCCUACAAAACAACGGGUAUCACAUGGUGGUAGACAACGGCGUGCUGCAUCUCGUAGAAGUCAAUGAAGAGGACUUUAACGUAUCCAAUUGUUUAUCGAAAGAAGAUGAAGGCAAGGCAUUGAAUCUUUUGUUAGCUUUUCAUAAUUGUUUUGCAGAAGAUAUUAGCCGCAUUGGUAGAUGCAAGAACGCACAAAUGACGAUAGAGGUGACGACAUCAGUGCCUAUUUUGGGCAAACGUUAUUUGGUACCGUUUUCACAACGGCCAAAAUUAUCGCAGAUUUUAAAGGAAUUGUUGGACAACGCCAUAAUCCGUCCAAGCAAUUCACCACACGCUGCGUCGGUCCUCCUUGUGAAGAAGUCCAACGGCGAAAGUCGAAUGUGCAUCGACUAUCGCGCACUGAAUGAUGUGACCGUUAAGAAAAACUAUGUUAUGCCAAUUGUGGAAGAGCAGCUUUCACGUUUAGCUGGUAAUAUAUAUUUCAUCAAGUGCCAAUGA